CCUCAAUCAGUAAAGCAGAUUCAACCAGUUCUACGGUGCGAGUAUCGAUGCACUCGUUCCCGCGUGUGCAGUGAUCCAAUUUAACAAGGAGCGCGUACAGGGGUCAGAUGUUUCUCAAUUUUCGAGUGUAUGCGAAGAAAUUUUUGGGUAUCGAGUGACGGGAACGGCGUUCGCUAUCGGAACAGCUGUUGCUACAUUUGUUCUCGGUGGGGUUGCAGUUGCAGGCCCUGUUUCCGACCGUGUUCGCAGCGUCGCCGCGAGAGCGCGGCUUAGGCAACUCAAUAAAAUCCAAAGAGCGCCGGACGGGCGGUGUUCCGCGAAGCGUGAUGAGUUUGACAGCUCCCGCGUACCGUGGCUCUCUCAAAAGCAGAAAAUAAGAUCGAUGUCAAAGAUGCGGCCACGAAGAGAUCCUUAACGCGUCUCCGUACACAUCCACGCAAGACCGUCUAAUAUGGCAGAAUGGCUGGGCAUAGAAUUCUCACGCUGAUACUCUUCCUGGCAGCAUGGCAGGAAGCAGUAACUUUGGUGCCAGUGCAUUUUGUCGCUGUAGACGUUGGUCAGAACUUGACUUUACCUUGUGCAGAAGAAGAUGCACUACCACAGUCAGGUGGAACUAUUGGAGUGUUGUGGAUAAGAGAGGGACGCGAGGAUGAACAAAUUGGACGACUAAAGGUUGAGUCUAAUGGAGCUUUGGAACUUAUCAAUGUUAGCGCGGAUGAUGCUGGGAACUAUUCAUGCACCUUAGAUGAUGAUCACGAUGCUGUCAAGACUAGGAUUAAUGUACAAGUUAGAACUCCUCCUCCAGCUUUACAUAAUGUAUGGGUAAAACCAUCCACAAUAUUGGCAAAUAUUCUUUGGGAAGUAGCUGGCACAGGUGGUUAUCCUAUCAUAGAUUUCACUGCCGAAUAUCGUCUUAAACCGAAUGUGGGUGAAGAACCAGAAGACUGGAAGCCUAUUGUUCCAACGCACAUUCCACCAAAUUCUAGGCAAAUUGAUGUUUAUCACUUGGUGCCAAACACGACGUAUUCUUUCCGAGUGUGGGCAACAAAUCAGCUGGGAAGAGGAGAGAUCGUUGAGGUCGAAGGUCACACGCAUCACAGUGUCGAGGAAUUAGAACUUGCAAGACAUCUCUUAUCAGGUGUAGAAAAUUUUGACACUCGUGUCUGGGUGGCAGCGGUAGGCAUAGUUAUGGGUACACUUAUGAUUCUUGGUAUAGGUACUUGUUACCUCCUCUAUCGUGAGUGCAAAGUACCCUCGCAGCUGGAGGAGCAGGAAGUGAUUGAACUGGUUCCCAACAUCAUUCUGAAUCCAGGAUUUUUCGACGAAAGAACAGAACACAUUCCGCAAGACGAGAACUUCAAUAACCAAACGACGACGCGUCUGAACAAUAACAGCGUCGUGCAACCUAGGCGACUUUAGUAACUAAAUACUUAGGUUUUUGUGGCUUUUUUUAUUAACAAGUGGCUUGAGCACAAUUUAUGUGUCACCUUAAACGUAAGUAAUAUGAGAAUUACCGAAACGAUGGCCUCGAAUAACCAGUGUAACGAUGAGAGAGCACUUAACGAACCAGGUAAGCGAUGAAACUUAUACCAUCAUCGCGAACACCUAAAACCUGUUUUGUGUUUGUAAUCAGAACAGUCGAGGAAAUCGAGAUUCUGUACGCUUUGAGCGUAAGUCGCGCGAAGGAAGUUAAAUUUUUCACUUACAAUACAAUGUAAAGUGUUCAAAAGCGUACGUAAAGACUCUGCUAGGUUUUGUGAAACGGAGUAGCACAUUUUUGAGGAAGUUUACCAGGACGUUCCAACACUGAAAUUCGAUAAUGUUAUUGCUCAUUGAUCGAGCUUAAAGUAACGAACUCCUGUAAGCCAAAAGGAAUAUUCUUAGUAAGACUGUAAUUCUAAGAACAAAGAAACAAAAAUUUUUUUGUGAAAACUGAAGUCACGCAAACAUUAAUCUUAAUGUCGAACAACGCAUUCAUCUUACAUUCUGCAUGAAUCGAAACGUCUUUUGUACGCAAUUAUUUUUAGCCGUUACCACUGAGAACAAAAAAAUAUGAAAUUUUAAAUGGACAAUAUCAUGCAGAAAGUAAGAUUUUUGUCCGCAACACAAAUCAUCCGAUUGAACAGAUUUUGUCAAAUACGACAAACGAAGGCUUGCUUACUGCCGUUUUAAGGUGUGCAGAAGUCGUUGGUGAAAAAGUUCCUUUUUUGUGUCUUUCUAAAAGUUAUUGUUUAUUUAUUGUUGUUGUAAGAGCGCGUUUGUUUUUUAAGGAUAUUUUAAUAAUUUCUUUUCGACAGAGAGCUUAAAUGUUGAAAUUGAAGCACAUGUUGUAUGUUCUUUCUAGGGAAAAUCCUGUGAUUCAGAAAUUGUGCAAUUGUAAAGACCAUAGUACUCUAACUGUAAAGAUAAUUCUACUAUGUUAACGUUAUUUAUAGCGGUAUGCUAUUUCCCAUACUUUGAACUUUGCAUGUGAUCGAUCGAACAUCGUCUAAUGCUUCAACAUGCUUUUGCACUACCUUAACAACAAAUGCAAUACUGCUAUUGAAUUACUGAUAAUGUGUAAAAUCAAAUUUCAUCAAAAGAAAUUCUUAACAGAUAGCACAAUUCCAUAAUGAAUAAGUUCCAGUAUACAGUGUUAGGAAAAAGCGAACAAAAAAUCCAUUAGUCUCCGUGAUAUCGAGCAAUUACUCUUGGGACACCGUGUAUUUCGGUUGAGAAUCAUUCCAUUCGUAUUAGCAGUAAAUAUAGGGCAGAGGUAGAAUAAGUUAAAAUAUUUUGGAUAUCAUCUUUGAUAGGAUCACGUUUGAUAAUCGAUCAUCGAGACAAGUCUUUUCAGAGAAUAUUCAUUUGUAAUGAAACAUAAUAUCAUCCAACACGAAUCACAUAAAUGAAGAAAAUAUUAACGUAGUCAAUCAAUAAGGUUGAUGAUUUCGAUAAGAGUUCUUCCUGUACAAACAAAUAUACAAUUAUUUUCCACAAUUUACACGUAGUACCAUAUCAGAAGUUCGUCGUUGCGUAAAAUUCAUUAUAAAAGCAUUAUGUAAUGAGUGCUUAGUGUAGAUGCUUCUUUUGUUAAAAAAAAAAACAAUUUUUUCAAUAUUUAUUUUUAACAAUUUGAACGGAAUUCUUUGCAUAAGGAAAGGUUCAGAAGGUUGUACAUUUUUGUUUCAUUGCUAUUUGUUAAAGCACUCCAGGUGAUGAAUAUGGAAAUGGUUGUGGAAAUUGAUUCUUGUCUGUAUUAGUCUUUCAUCCGUUACUAGUAAAGCUCAUGUUGUCAGAAACAUAAUACCUUAACGAUUCUACUUAAUACAAAUAUGUAAGUUAAAAAUCUUGCUUUUUGUCAAUACGAGGAGAGAUGACAGAAAGCAAAUUUGGUGCACGCAGGUUGUAUAAAAAUUGGUUGUGCGUUGUUACAUUGAGGCUUCAUGAUCUGUUCCUCCCUUGUACGUAAUCUAAUUAGGGGUGAACAGAUUCAGUUCAGCUUCGUACUAUGCACUCUGUGUUGUGAAUGGUAUAUAUAUAUAAAUAUUCUAUGCGCUAAUGAAAAAUAAUAUGAUAAUAACAAUAAUGAUAAUGAUAUAAAUAUAUAUAUUUAUAUAGCCGAGGCAUCAUAAUAUUUUAGCUAUAAGCAAAGACAAUUUUUUAUAUAACUAACGAUUAUGCCGGAACGCAAUGAUAAUAUUUAUCUACAUAUUCAUAUAGGUAAUUUUGUGCUAUGAUAUCGAGCUUCAAGAGUGAUCUGAUAGGUUUGCUCGUUAAGAAUAUCUCAUGUAGAGAAUCAUGUUCCUCUUUCCUUUUAGACGAGUCGUAUUUUGCAUUCCUACUUUGAUAGAGUUUUUACAAUGCAGAACAAAUUGUUUUGUCAAAUUUUUUAUCAGUGGUAUAUAUUUUUUGAUAAAUUCAUAGUAUACGUACGAUCGAUACGAUACAUUUCUCUCCAUAAAGACAUUAGCAUUGAUUUACAGGGAUUUACAGAGAUUUACAGAGUUCAGUAUUGACAAUUACUUCAUGACUCGACACUUCAUGUCUCAUGCACAUUCUCAACUAUGAAUAUAAUCACUUAUUUCUGCUGACAUAUAUAACAAUAGGUGUACUGUAAGUUAAAUGUUUAACUGUCUCUAUCAAAGCUAUCUGGUGAAGGCAUAGGUUUUACAUUUAGUGGCAUUAACACGAUGCAGCCUGAUAAAAAAGAAGUAUAAAUGUAACUUGGUAAAUAAAGCGAAAAAUUAUUCUUAUAACUACCAGCUGCUACAAGAACUAACAAUAAUGCUUAGUCUUCUGUGUUUAGAGGUCUGCCAUUGCAUACCGUAAAAGAUCUGCAUAUCUACCUAUGCAAUAUAGGAUGUUCACAAAAUGACUUUUAUCACGUUAGGAAUACAAUCAAUAAAAUAAUAUCAUUAAAGGCAAUAUUAUAUAGUAAGGUAACGAUCACGGUCUCUUUUUUGAUAGAAUGAAUAGUAUUUUUUUAGAAAUCAUGGGAAAUAACUCUCUCUUAUUAUUUUCAUAAUUAGGAACUCCAAAAUUAAUUGUCAUUAUAUAAAAAUCAAAAGCGCACCACUGAAAUUGAUUCUUUACAAUAGAACGUUUUUUAUCUUUUUAUAUCGAAAAGCUAUUUUGAAGCCCUCACAAUGUAACAUAGAUAUAUAUUUUUAUGAGGUAGAUCAAGAUUAUAUAAACCGAAAUCUAUACCUACAGUAAUAAUGGCAGAUAUUUUGCGUUUAUACUAUCAUAAAAGAGUUUAUGAUUUGUAGAAAUAUCAGUUCCAAUUUCUAUCUUAUUUUUCAUCAUUGAUCAUAUUUUUAAAACGUGAAGCUAUGAAAUGCAACAUAUGCAUAACGUUCAUCGUUAUACAUCUGUACUUGGCGGUAAUGCAUUAAUAUAUUUACUUCACAUAGCACGCUCAUGUGAAAUAUAUACUAAGUACAUAAAGCACUAGACCAUAGAAUAGUAUAAUGGUUGCCAGUAGCACCAUGGAUCGUCCCUACAUACAUAUUACCUGCCGAUGACAUACCAGAGAGAGAAAAAAACGCAACGUGGUUUUUACAAAAAGCUUAUGCUCUUUGUGUUUUGCAUGUAAGAUUUUUAUAUGAUACGUAUUUGCAAAGAAAAGCAGUUGUAAAUACCGACAUGAUUUGAAAAACCUACUUUUUGUAAAAACUACACGUCUGUCGUGUCAUUGUCUAUUAGAGUAAUAAUAUUAGUUUUAUACCUUUAACUUAAGUGAUAGUAAAUGAUAUUUAUAAUGGUAAUUAAUUGAUGGUAUUCAUCUUUGUAUUAAUUCUCUAUUGAGUUAUAUGAUAUUAUGUACGAUCUGCGAUCCAAAGUGUUUUUUCAUUGUUUCUCGAAAUGGUUAAGCUAAUUGUUUAUUUUAUAAAAAGAAAAAUGUGAAAGUAGGUAUGAAGCAAAAUUUGUAUAUACUGUCCGUGCAUUAUUGUUUUGUUUCUAUAUUUUGUAUAAAUUGUUAAAAAGGAAUGCUUCAUUAUACUAAUUUCUUUUAUUUAUGAUAAA